UAUCUUCACCACACUCCUUUAUAUAAACCGAGAAACUAAAGAGUGCACCUCUCUCCCACAUAGAUGCUCAACAAAUGCCGCGGCGAACGGCGAUCGACGUCCGACAGCCGUCCGAUCAGACCAGCAACCGUCAGAAAUGGCGCGUGUCGCUGACAGAAGACGCGUUCGAGUCGUUCAUGGCUCGGUGCGGGGACGCCGGGCGAGAGGUGUUCGGAGAGGGCUCGCUGUUCAGCCCGAUGCUCUUCGGGAAGUUCUUCGAUCCGUCCGACGCCUUCCCGCUGUGGGAGUUCGAUUCCGACGAUUUGCUCUCCGCGCUCCGGUGCAGCUCCAAGACGAGUGUCGAUUGGGCCGAGUCGAGUUCCGAGUUCAUCCUGAGAGCUCAUGUACCAGGUGCGAGGAAAUGCGAGGUGGAGAUAUGUGGUGAAAAGCCUAAGGUAGUGAUGGAGAUAAGUGGGCAGUGGGGGCCGGCGGUCCGCGAACCGGGCCCGAGGGAUUGGCGGUCCGGGCGGUGGUGGGAACGCGGGUUCGUCCGGCGGAUCGAGCUUCCGGAAAAUGCAAACUGGAGGAGGGCAGAGGCAUACAUCACUGAAGAUGAGGAACAUAGCCUUCUCGAGAUCAAAAUUCCAAAGAAUAAUAAUAAUUUUGAUAGCAACACCCACCACACAAGUGGUGGUGGUGGUGGAGAGGGGAAAGAAUAAGAAUAUUUUUGUGUGAGUGACGAUAAUGAUUUGAGCACUUUGAUAUAUAAAUAUAUUUGUAGAGAAAAAAUGUAUUUGAAAAAAGAAAAGAAAAGCUAACAUAUGUAAAGCAAGAUAUGGAUCUCUUUUUUGAUAGA